UCUUAUAAUCAGUAUAUAUCAGAAAGUCCGUUGAAGCAGUAUAGAAUACUUACGAAGCCCUCAAAUAUGGAUAAUUUGAAGCACAUAGGCAGGCACUUAAUCAUGAGAAUAUGUCCAUUCUUUGUGUUAGCCUCUUACUUCUUGGAGGUCAUAUACACCCUGGUUAAUAUGGAGCACGUUGGCAAGACCAGAGCCGUUGUCCUGGAUUCUCAUAUUGCCUUUAGUUAUAUAUACACCAGCUUUGAUAUCCUUCUUAAUAUCGUAGCUAUCGCUCUCAUUGUCUACACCAGAGCACAGGAAAGUGGAGUAUCUAUCCUGCUCGUCGGUAGGGUGAUCCAUCGCAUCUUGUUCACCCUCUGGACUAUGUUUUUCUACUUCCUGCUCGACGAUUCUUUCGAUGUGGGCUGCCUCUUAUUACUUCUGGCUGUAAAAGUUAAGGAAAAGAAGAGACAGGAUUUGAUUAAAAUCGACAGUUUGCCAUAUCAACUAUUGUUGUUGCUCGGAAGACUUUGCAUUUGCUCCAUGUUUGUAAUUUGGCAAGAUGAGACAUCGACGAGUAUAAUUUUUGUCAUAAUUAUCUGGUCACUUUUGUUUCCCUUAUUUUUUGGCUUAAGCACGGAGCUGUUUUCAAUUCUCACAAUCUGUGCCAUACUCUAUCAUGACAUUUAUAGCAACCAAUCUAGCUUCAUUUCUGGCUGGGACGAUUGGUUUCUUUCGAUGGAAUAUUUCUUGGCUGUGUUAUCAAAAGUUGGCGCAUUUUUGAUGCUCUCGGUGCUGGGUGGUGGCAAGUGGUCCAUCGAUGGAUUCAGAAACAGAAAAGCGGAAAAACAAUGCCAGAAGUCAGGCUAUCGACUCAUUAAAACUCAAACGGCUGCCUAGAACAUCUUCUUCCCUCAGAUUGUGUAAACUGUUUUUGCCAUGGAAACAUUUGUGGGAUUUACAUAAACUUUAAUGGAAAAUAUAUAUAGUAGUCGCCUUUGGUGCAGCUAA